CGACGCCGAGAUGGGCCAAGGGUGUCGAGGGUGGGAACGGGUCCAUUAUCGAACCCCUUUCACACCUGCGCGGGGGCUAGACCCACGCAAAUCCAUGCGAGUGGUGCCAACAAUACAAAGAGACGUCCUCGCGUUUUGCCUGCUCUUAAGGAUCCAGCCCUACUCAUGGCCAUAUUGUUCUCUGGAGCCUCUCGAUGAUUCCGUCGAGAAGCGUGUCGUAGUUGUGUGGUUUGUGGAGUGAUGCGGAUGUUUGUGGACGGUGAAGUGCUCAAUUGGCGAUGAUUUAGUCGUCUCGUUUUUUUUUUUUUUUUUUUUUUUUUUUUUUUUUUCUCUUUUCUUUUCUCCCUGUCAUUGAGGGUUUGUGAAGGUUUAGAGGAGUGAGGAGGUGUAGGAGUUUGAGGUCUUCGCGAAGUCGGGCUGGAGCUCUGUGUUAAGAGAGCGUGUGUAACAAGGUUUGGAUCUCUGUGAAUCUGGAGCUUGGUGGUUGGAGUUCCCGAAGCCAGUGGCGGUGGUGGUGAGAAGUGCGUGCUGCGGAUUAGUCAAUUUAGUUCGUCUUCGUCUUCUGAGUGCACGAUUUAUUAAGGUAGCAUCUGCAUUUCCACAUUUUUCUUGUGUUCGGUGCGAUUCGUCGUAGCUUGAUGUCUGAAUUGCAACACACGGAGCGGAUGCAGCAAUUUAAAGAGAUUAUGCGAUGCAGAUAGAGCACGGUGUACAGAAUUAAGCCGCGUCUUUUUCAUUUGGCAACGUGAUCUUGGCAGCUGGUGUCGAGAUGGACGACUGCGAUCUAAGUAUGCGCGAAGCUGCUGACGAAAUCGCUCAAAUGGACGAGAUGAUGAUGGAUGAUCGGGCAGCUGCUGUAAAUCGGCUGCAGCAGAUACAGCAGAAGCGGGAGCAAAUGGCGCUUCUGGAAUCGCAUCCAGUGACUAAUGCAGAUGCGGAGUUUCGGAGGGGCCUAGAGGAGCUUGUGCAAGACCACCUGAAUACUUGCAUGGCACUUGCUUCCUGCAGCUCCCCUCACGAUAUUUCCCGAACUGAAAACGGGCCGUCUUCCUAUACUUCAUCGCAAGGAGAUAGCAGUCGGCAAGAAGAAUGCGACGAAGAGCACUUUGGAGAUCUACAGGACGUUGAGGAUGUCUCUGGUGAAUCUAGCUAUGCUUCAACUUCUUUUCAAACUUUGUCUGCAGAGCGGCUUCAGGAGGAGCUUGAUGUUGAAGACGAGGCUGAAAGAGAAAGGACAGUGCAUAGUCAGGAACGUAUGCUUGAUGAAGGAAUUGUUCAGAAUCCAUCUUCUGGUGAGUCACCCGGAAGACGGCAGUCUCGAAUAUUGCACAUUUGGGACACACGGGCGGAGGAAAUGAUCACUACCCUGGAGCGCCAAGCUCGGGAAGCUGAGUUACUUGCACUUGCUGGACAACAUACUGUAUCUAUGCUUGAUGCUUCCUUCCUGCAAGAAGCCCCCACAUCUCGUCCAGAAAGUAUACUUGAGAGGGGCCAUCGCAGGGCAUCUUCUCUAGUUCAAAUGUGGAGAGGAAUUGUAGGAGAACGAAACGUUGGAAUGGACAGGAACCCAACUGAAGCUACCCCCCAACAUGAGCUCGAAGUACCUUCCCAAACUCCUACAGGUUCGACAGGGGGAGAUGCAGAUUAUUCAUUAGAGAGGACCAGGUCUGGAAAUUCUGCAAUUCAAACAGAUGAGCUUAUGAGGACUAGGGUAGAUUCCCAAAGAGUUUGGGUUGGGGAUGAGCAGCAAGUCGGGAAUAGGGCUACGGCUAGCUCUCUAGCUGCAGAGCUUGGUGAGAUGGACAGAGAACGGGUGAGGCAAAUAGUGCAACAUUGGGCUCGGCAGAGUGUAGUGAGCAACAUUGAAGCUGAUGUUCGUGGAAGCCAAGAUGGUUUGAAUCCAUGGCUUGGUCAAAAUGAGAGAGAAAGAGUGAGACGUUUGGUAAGGACUUGGAUGGAAACCAGUAGCCAGCGCAGCACGUAUCCGCAAGGACCUGAUGUUGGUAGAGUAACUGGAGAUAUGACCGCAGAAAGGAAUGAAGUGAGGGAGAUUGGUGAUACAGAGUUUGGCAGGCAACGGCAGGAAGCAUCAGAAAUGGUUGUUGAGGUGUUGAUGCGGAUCGAAAGGGAACGACAGAGGGAGCUUGAGAGGCUCACGGAGUUACGAUCUGUCUCUGAUUUCUCUCAACGAAACCGUCUACAGUAUUUGCUUCGGGGAAGAAUCAGGCGUGGUGGUUCAGCUGAGGAUGAUCCAAGAAUGCCCUCGUCGGCUUCCACGGAGAUCGGUCAACUUCAGCAACAGCAGGCCGUCAGUAGAUUGAGAGAGGCAUUUCGGUCUCGAUUAGAGACUAUAGUUCGCGGUCAAGCGAACGCAAGAUCUGUUGAGCCUGAUCCUCGCUCACAGCCUGUUCAGGAACGAAGUCGCCAAGAUGAAACAGCUCAUAGGGCACGCCCUGCUCACGAGCGUAUGCACCAAGAUGAAAUCACGCAGAUGGCAGAAAGACCAGUACAGAUGACUUGGAGUCGGCCAGCUGUUACUCCUAAUCAAAAUAUCGAUUUAGAUACAACCGUGCAUGACAUGGAGCUCCGUGAUCUUAUUGGGCGGAGGAGCGUGACAACUGUACUGGCGAGUGAUUUCCGGGAUAGAUUGGAUCAAUUGAUUAGGUCGUUUGUGCACAGGCAGAUCCACAAUCCACAUGCCAGGCCUCUUGAUUCUCAAGCCACAGUCACCCGAACUUCCAUACCAAUUCCUCCUCCCCCUCCCCCACCUCCACAGCCCGUCUACCAAAAUACACCUGGACCACGGCGCUUACCAUUCAGGCCAAGGACUAUAGCAAGUUUACUCAUGGGAGCUCCAUCUCCCCCUCCACCUCCACCUCCACCUCCACCGCCACCUCAACCUGUAUCGCAGAAUUUACCUUGGCCACGGCGCGUCCAACAACGCCCCAGAGUCAUGGAAUGGGAAACUAGUCAUAAUGGACUGAAGGAAGACGUGGCACGGCUGGCCCAAGGAAUCACUGAAAUGCGGCGGACACUGGAGGCUUGUAUGGACAUGCAAUAUGAGCUCCAACGUUCUGUGAGGCAGGAGGUUGCAGGGGCCCUCCAGCGAAUGUAUGCUGGUGCUGGUACAGCAGUCCCAGAGGAGGCAUUGGACGGUUCGAAAUGGAAAACAGUCGAAAAAGGGAUUUGCUGUAUCUGCUGCGACAAACAAAUCAACUCUCUCCUAUACAGGUGUGGACACAUGUGCACUUGCCUGCAGUGUGCAAACGAGAUAAUUUAUAACUCUGGCACAUGUCCUAUGUGCCGGGCCCCCAUAGUGGAAGUGGUGCGUGCUUUCACAACUGCUUGAAGUGCUAUAACACUCCAAGAGGAGACACUAAUUUCUGGCAUAUUUUCAAUUACUAACUACACAGUUCACAUCUGGAUAACCUCCUCCGGUUGUGAUGUAUAAUAUCGUAGUAAAUCACCCAUUGUAGUGAAAUAAAUUCAACCAGGGGCAUUUCGUAUAUGACGAACGAACGGUGGGUUUUCCCUCAACUUCAUCUGUAUGAUUUAGAGAUUUUUUUCACGUGUCUUUAGAAAUGGAGCCAGCCUGAUAAUGUAUUGUAAUAUAUUGGUUUUAUAUCACGCUGCGAAUCCCUUG